ACGGCAGAGAGCGAAAUCUCGCCGAUGUCUCUUGGUUGUAUCCGCACGUUUACUAGCCUCUCUUCAUAUAUAUCUCUCUCUCAAUAAAACGCGCGCGCGAAAUUUUAACGGUUCAUCAUCAUUUUUUUUUUUUUUUUGCGUGAAAAAAAAAUCAUCUCCUUAAAGCAUUUAAAAAAAAUCGCUAGUGUUUUGAAAAAAAAAAGAAAAUAGUGUUACUGUGUUGUGUUUUGCAAAAAAAAAAAAAUAUUCUUAUUUUUUUUCUUAAAUUUCAUUUUUCCAAAUGGUUAAAAAAAAUUUCCAAUGGAAGUAUCAGUGGUGUGAGAAAUAGUGUUUGGAAGAGAAAUUUUAUUUGGUGUUUCUUUUUGUUUUUUGUUUUUCAUCUGAUUAAUGAUGAUCUUGCGGGAGUUUUUGGAAGAUGAGAAAUGAAGAACUAGGAACCUUUUUUUGGGGGGGUGGGUGUAAAAAAUGUUUGUGGUUUUUUUAAAAAAAAAAAAAUUAGGCUAAUAAUGGUGAAGAAAAGUUGUUCAUGAGAGAAAAAGAGAGGGAUCAUGAUUCAUUUACGGAUGUGUGCGUGGAAUCGAGGAUGGUCCACAAGUUCGAGACACUUCAACAUUCUUUUGAUUCCAUUUUUACCACUUUGGAUUAUCGGUGCACUCUCCGUGAAAGACAUUCCUACAUCGCAUAUUGUUGCUCUGGCUGGAGAUACCACUUAUCUACCCUGCGACAUAUCAACAAAUCACGAAGGGGAUGCUGUACAUCUUGUACUGUGGUAUCGUGAAGAUCUUGGAACAUCGGUGUCAAUAUACAGCAUCGAUGCAAGGGAAAAAGGUGUUGUCCGUGCGGAAAAAUGGUCAGACGAUACAGUUUUCUCUGGCAGAGCAUAUUUUAUGCCAGAAAGAACACCCGCGGAAUUAGGAGUGGAUCACAUUAGAUUUGAGGAUGCCGGUAUCUACAGGUGUCGUGUUGACUUUCAAAUUGGUCAGACACGCAACUCCAAAGUCAAUUUAACGGUUAUAGUUCCACCUCACAGGAUUGUGAUAACAAGGGAAAAUAACAACGUGACAGAUUCGAAUGUUGGUCCUUAUACCGAGGGUGAUACCCUGAAACUCUCGUGCGAUGUUUAUGGAGGUAAACCAGCACCAACAGUGACAUGGUAUCGUAAUGACAAUUUUGUGAACAUCAAAACAGUGACAGUGCACAACCGUAACGGAGUACCCGUGAUACGUAGUGACAUCGAGAUAAAAAAUUUGGGACGUGCUGAUGUGCGUACCGAACUGACCUGCAACGCAACGAAUAACAAUAGAUCGCUACCUCUAUCCUCAACAGUACACGUUGAUAUGAAUUUCAUCCCAUUGGAAGUUCGGAUCGAUGGUGCUAACCAACCCUUAUCCUCCAACAAGAAAUACGACUUAGUUUGCCUGACUUUUGGUUCUCGGCCACCAGCUCUCGUCUCUUGGUGGAGAAAUGAAGAACGCUUGCAACACUCAACAGCAACGACUUCAAGCGAUGGUAACACAACUACAAGCGUGUUGCCUUUUAUUCCAACGAAAGAAGACGCUGGCAAACAUUUAUCAUGUCGUGCUGAAAAUCCAAUCAUGCCCUCCGCACCGAUAGAAGACGUCUGGACACUAGAAAUACAAUAUGUACCAGAAACGAAAAUUAGACUUGGGACACCAUUGAAUCCUGAUACAAUUCGUGAAGGGACUGAUGUUUAUUUUGACUGUUUAAUUAAAGCUGAACCAUCGGUCUAUAAAGUUGAAUGGAGACACGAGGGAAAGACACUUCAUAACAAUAUUCCAUUGGGAAUUAUAAUAAGUAAUCAAAGUCUCGUUCUCCAAGGAGUCGAGAGAAAAAGUGCGGGAAAUUAUACAUGCGUUGGUUAUAAUACCGAAGGUGAUGGUGAAAGUUCACCAUUUUAUCUCAAUGUUAUGUUCGCACCAACAUGUAAGCCUAAUCAAAUAAAAAUACAUGGAGUUGCAAAGCAAGAGAGAGCGAAUAUAUCCUGUCAAGUUGAUGCAAAUCCUUCAAAAGUUGAAUUUCGAUGGACCUUCAAUAAUUCAGCAGAGAGUAUGGAUGUUGCCUCGGGACAUAUUGCGAGAGUUGGAACUUCAUCAAUUGUUUCCUAUACGCCAAUGAAUGAACUUGAUUAUGGAACUCUCCUUUGUUGGGCUUCCAAUGAAAUUGGACAUCAGCAAGUGCCGUGUGUAUAUCACAUUAUUCCCGCAGGUCGACCUGACAUGGUUCAUAAUUGCACCAUCUCCAACUCGUCGACAAAUUCCUUUAGUGUAAAGUGUACAGAGGGCUUUAACGGUGGUCUACCUCAAACCUUCCUCCUUGAGGUGAGGGAAACUAAUAGCCAGGAACUGAAGGCAAACCUGUCUUCUCCUGUUCCUCGAUUUAGUGUUACAAAUCUCGAUUCCGGAGCACUUUAUCAAGCCUGCGUGUAUGCGUACAAUGAUAAAGGACGAAGUGAACCAUUAGUUGUUCAAGCCGGAACUGUUCGGUCACCGGAGAAGCAGCUUACAUCCGAAACAGAGAGGCCAAGGCAACCGAUAAAAUUAAUACCAAUGUUAAGUGUUAUAAUUGCUGUCGUCGCGGCACUUGUAAUUGUCGCUGUUAUUGUCAUGGUUCUUAUGAAAUUACAACAUUCACAUGGUGAUGAUCAGAGUAAACCACACGUGGAGAAUCAUGAAAAAGUCACAAAAAAUAUUCCCAUUCAACGUGAACUACGAUUUCGAGAAGGAAGCAAUGUGAUAACAGAUGAAAAAUAUCCCACAAGUCCCUUUAGGAAAUUAGAUCCAAAUGGCGAUGUUAGCGAGAGUGAUGAGAAAAAUCCCGAUAUAAUACCCCAACAAAUUACAGAGGAAUCGAUUUUCAUUCUUUUAGGGGACGAACCCUCGGACUAUUUACGAAAACGUCGUCUUAUCUCAACGAUAGAAACAUCGCCAGCGAGAAGUCUAACAGAACGCUCAAGUUCCUCAAUGAGUACGCACGGGAAUUUUGGCUAUUGCACCAUUCGCAAUGGACUUCCACUUCGUGAACUCUCAAAUAUAUCAACGAAGCACAAAAACUUUCAGCCGAUAGUUAGUGAAGUUUACGAAAGUGGAAUGUGCACUCUGCCAAGGCAACAUUGGCCAAGUCAUAGUGUUCAAUCGAUGACAAUGGGAGGAAUAAGUCCAUCGGUUUUAUACAAAAGUAUGAAUGUGGUGAAUCGAACUUGUCCAGGUAGUAUAAUUUUGCCAAAGGAAGUUGAAGCCAGAAUUCCAGGCCAAUGCUGUAUUCAAUCGCAAAAAGAGACAUCACUUGGCACUCCAGUUGUUAUGACCAAAAGAGAGAGUUCAGUGUGACCCUAAAUCACACACCGAGACUCAAAAUCGGGACUAGGAAUUAAUCAUUUCCAUCAUGCGGAAUGAAAGGAACAAUUUUCUAGAAUAACGGAGAGAAGAGAAUUAAAAAAGGUAAAAAUUAUUAUUGAAUGAAUACAGAAUUAAAAAAUUUUCUAGAAUUUAUUUCCAGAAUGUGUGACAUAGUUUUUCUUUUUUUGAGAGAGAGAGAAAAUAAAUGAUUUUAUCAUCCAACGAUUUUUGUAAUUAAUUCAAAUCACUAUGUUCAAUCAAGUGCCCUUUUACAUCGAAGGAAACUCGAAGUUAUACUUUUAAAAAAAUAAAAACUAUUAUUAUUAUAAAAAAUGAGAAUGUACGAAUUUUCGAGAGCGUUUUUGUGUGUAUUGUAAAUAUUUUGAAAACAAGAAUAUUUUAUACAAGAUUGCUAGUGAUAUAUAAAAAGAAAAUCCCUUUAAUUAUAUAUAUAUAUAUAUAUAUAUAUAUAAAAUAUGUACAAUAUUCAAGUUUGCGAUAUCGAAUAUAUGAGUAAAACUGGUACAUGUCUAUGUAAAUUUACUAUGUAAAAAGUUAAAAUGAAAGAAAGGAAAAAAAAACAUGAGCACAGUCAGGAAUAAAGUGGACUUGACGAUGUUCAAUUUUUGGCAAAGGAAACAUAUCUGAGCGAAAAGUAUUAUAACUAUGUAAGGGGGGAAAUUUAUUAUUCGGUCCAAUUUAUUCUUAAAUGGUCUCGCAAUUUCUUUUUCACUUAUCUGUACAAUAGAAAGAGGCGAAUAUUUUCUUUAUUCGAUUUUUUUACUAUAAAAAAUUUAACAA